GUUCGCCGUUCCCUCCUCUCCAUCUCACGACAGACGGUUGCCUUGCCUUCCGCCGCCGCCGCCGACGGGUGUUGGCGCUUGGCUUGGCCGCCGUCUCCGUGCUCUGCGUGGCCGCGCCGGAGGACGACCUACGUCGGCCGUAAGCAAGAAAUUCCCAUUUUUGGUUGUAUCUUUACCUCAAUUGGCGGCAUGAAGCGUCAAAGUGAUGUUCCAAGAUUGCGCAUACCUAGACCAAAGGUGGGAAAAUCAAGGAAGCAAACUAGGUUUGUGUCCAUCCUCAUGAAAAAAAUCCAAGAGGAAGUGGAAAGGGGGCAUGCUAAUAUACGACCUUUCUUGGGAAAUGGAAGAAAAGGAAAGGAUCGACAAACUAUGCAGGGGCUCAAUAUGAAGAUAUGUCCAUCCACGAUGGUUAUCAACAAACUAUGCAAGGGCAACUAUACUGAAAAGGAUCAACGAGAUAACCAUGUCUUACCACAAUCCAACCAACAUCUUCUCGAUGGUGGCAAAGUUGGACUACGGAAGCUUGACGCAAUGAAAGAAGACUUUCCUCCAAUGACAUCGAGUCCUAAAUCGGACAAAUCGGUUACGUCUACUGUCAUGAACUCCAUGACUUCAAAGAUGAAGCAAGAAUUCGUUCAUCGUCCAAAUGAUGCCAAAAUGUCAAGUUCACAACCAAUGAACUUGAAGGCAAUGCAAGGGUUGGUUCUCAAUCAAAAGGGGCGAUUUACUGUUGAUCAAGGACAAGCGACAUGGAUGGGUAAGAGGGAAAGGAUGGAUGGUUGCAAUGAUAUAACCAAUGAUGACAAUCUUGGUAGCAGGAAGGAGUCGUUAGUCAAAGAAAAGCUUGGUGACAAUCUUGGUAGUAGGAGAGAGCUACAUGACAAUCUUCAUCUUGGUAGUAGGAAAGAGCUACAUGACAAUCUUCAUCUUGGUAGUAGGAAAGAGCUACAUGACAAUCUCAGUAAUAGGAAAGAGCUGUUACUAGAAGAAAAGCCCAAGUCACAUGAUGACAAUGGUAGUGAAGGUGAGAAUCCAACUCACCGGAUGAACAAAAGGCAGAGAAAAUACAAAGAGACAAAUGAAAAUGAAGAUGACAAUGGCGGUCCUGAUGGUCUUGCAUUGUAUAGUAGUAGGUUGACAUCACAAGAUGAUAUUGCGAAGGAUUGUCAUGAUGGAGUCUCUAUGCCAUUUGUUGCCGAUUGUCUUGGGAAGCAAUACUAUUGUUGCUCUAAGCCCAGUGAUGAACCUAUCUGGAGGGGCCUCCUCAAUACCGGCAAGGAGUAUAUCCCAUUGUUUGGUCAUUUAUCAACUAAAUCAUGCGAGAAAGUGCAUAAUUUAUCGAAAUCGCUAUCUCGUGUGGUUGAAGUGACCAAACUACCUAGGUUGAAGGUGUGGCCUAAGAGAUGGGAUGAAUCAAGACCUUUAAAUGGCAGCAUUGGUUUAUACUUCUUCCCCCCUAAGAUGAGGCCUGACAAGUCCUAUGACCAGCUACUUAAGGAAGUAAUGGAGAACGAUUUAGCCUUACGGGCCAUUAUCGGUGACACUGAGAUGCUAAUGUUCCCUUCUACUCUACUUCCUCAACGAUACAAGACAUUUCAAAUGAAACAUUACUUGUGGGGUGUAUUCAAGCCCAAGGAAGUUGAUGGGAAACAUUGUGCUGCACAGCAUCAACCUGACCACACCACUGGAGCUACUGCAUUUGCUGCCAAUUCUACAGCCACCGGGAUUGCUACUGAUGCUGCUAGCAUACCCACUGAAGAUGCUCCUACCGCACCUGCAAAUCAUGGACGGACUGACUCAUCAAGCAUGGGAGCACCCCCAGGCAGGAUGCUUGCCUUUGUUGUAAAGCAGACCCCAAGGCUCGAGCAACUCAUUCGGGAGAUGCAACGGGAAGGUGCCUUGGUCAUGCAGGGGGAGAUGAUGAGUACUGGGUCUUGGCCAGGAAACUAGCAACCGUGACGCAGCAUAGGCAGAGCCGAGCAAGAGAUGAGCGGCUCACUGGAAGUAUCCCACCAGCUGAGGUCUCGCCUCAACGUGUGCAGAGGGCUCCGUUCAAGCUAGAUGGUGGCUGCUACGAGCAGCUAUGAAUGUUCUGAAAUUUUUAGCGGAGGCAGAGAGAAAGUGGACUUGGACCUUAGCAUGCUACUCGUGCUGUGGAGGAAACUAAGAUUGCUUGUUAGUAUCACACGAACCAAACGCAUCCUAUAUAGCUUUAGCCAGUUACUCAGUUACAGUUAGCCUAGCGCAGUUUAGAGGAGGUGGUGCUUGUUUGGCCUGGGGCUUUUGUGGAGUGGUAAACUACCACUUGGCUACCGUUCAUUUCUGGUACUCGUGAAGACCUAUCUGUUUACAAGCUUCUGAUUAGUAUAACCUCAGCUUCAAAUUAUUCGUAGUUAA